AGUGCUUGCUGGAGGCGCUCCUGGUUCGUCCCGCAGCAGCUGGGCGCAUCAUGGAGCACGUGACGGAGGGAUCCUGGGAGUCGCUGCCGGUGCCGCUGCACCCGCGAGUGCUGGGUGUGCUGCGGCAGCUGGGCUUCCCGUACAUGACGCCGGUGCAGUCCGCCACCAUCCCUCUGUUCCUGAAAAAUAAAGACGUUGCAGCUGAAGCGGUCACAGGCAGUGGGAAGACACUCGCUUUCGUCAUCCCCAUCCUGGAGAUUCUCCUGAGGAGGGAAGAGAAGUUGAAAAAGAACCAGGUUGGAGCCAUAAUCAUCACACCCACUCGAGAGCUGGCUAUUCAAAUAGACGAGGUGCUGUCGCAUUUCACGAAGCCCUUCCCCCAGUUCAGCCAGAUUCUCUGGAUCGGAGGCAGGAAUCCUGGAGAAGAUGUUGCUGCAAGGUUUAAGGAACGAGGUGGGAAUAUCGUCGUGGCGACGCCAGGCCGCUUGGAGGACAUGUUCCGGAGGAAGGCUGAGGGCUUGGACCUGGCCAGCUGUGUGAGGGCUCUGGACGUCCUGGUGUUGGACGAAGCGGACAGACUUCUGGACAUGGGCUUUGAGGCAAGCAUAAACACCAUCCUGGAGCUUUUGCCAAAGCAGAGGCGAACGGGGCUUUUUUCCGCCACACAGACCCAGGAAGUGGAGAACCUGGUGCGAGCAGGCCUCCGGAACCCUGUUCGGAUCUCGGUGAAGGAGAAGGGGGUAGCAGCCAGCAGCACCCAGAAAACCCCGUCCCGCCUGGAGAACCACUACAUGGUAUGUAAGGCCCAUGAGAAAUUUAAUCAGCUGGUACAUUUUCUUCGAAGUCAUAAGCAGGAAAAGCACCUGGUCUUCUUCAGCACCUGCGCCUGCGUGGAGUACUACGGGAAGGCCCUGGAGGCGCUGGUGAAGGGCGUGAAGGUCAUGUGCAUUCAUGGCAAGAUGAAGUACAAACGCAACAAGAUCUUCAUGGACUUCCGCAAAUUGCAGAGCGGAAUUUUAGUUUGCACUGACGUGAUGGCCCGGGGAAUAGACAUUCCCGAAGUCAACUGGGUUUUGCAGUACGACCCUCCCAGCAAUGCAAGUGCUUUCGUGCACCGCUGUGGCCGCACAGCCCGCAUCGGCCACGGCGGCAGUGCGCUCGUGUUCCUCCUCCCCAUGGAAGAGUCAUACAUCACCUUCCUGGCAAUUAACCAAAAAUGCCCCCUGCAGGAGAUGAAACUCCAGAAACACACAGUGGACCUGCUUCCAAAGCUCAAGGCCAUGGCCCUGGCCGACAGAGCUGUGUUCCAAAAGGGCAUGAAAGCUUUUGUGUCGUACGUCCAGGCUUACGCGAAGCACGAGUGCAGCCUCAUCUUCAGAUUAAAGGACCUUGAUUUUGCUAGUCUCGCUCGAGGUUUUGCUCUGCUGAGGAUGCCCAAGAUGCCAGAGCUGAGAGGAAAGCAGUUUCCAGAUUUUGUGCCUGUGGACAUUAACACAGACACCAUUCCAUUUAAAGACAAAAUUAGAGAAAAGCAGAGGCAGAAACUGCUGCAGCAACAAAGAAAAGAGAAAACAGAGAAUGAAAGGAGAAGAAAAUUCAUAAAAACUAAAGCUUGGUCAAAGCAGAAGGCCAAAAAGGAAAAGAAGAAGAAAAUGAACGAUAAAAGGAAGAGGGAAGAGGGUUCCGAUAUCGAAGAUGAGGACAUGGAAGAACUUCUUAAUGACACAAGGCUCUUGAAAAAGUUUAAGAAAGGCAAAAUCACUGAAGAAGAAUUUGAGAAGGGGUUGCUGACAAGUGGCAAAAGGUCAAUGAAGACAGAGGUUGGGCUCUCCGAUCUGGGAGAGGAUUGCUGAUCUGGUGCCCCAGGUGAGAUGCACAAGCAGGCCCCACAUGCGGCCACUCACAUUUGCUUUCACUGAGCGUCAGACUUGGCGACAUGCACGCAGCGUCCCAUCUCUGAAAGCUGUCGCUUCAGACUGGGGAGACAUGAGUGGGGGUUCACACUCAUGAAUAUUUCACUAAAUACAUACCAGCCUUGAAGAUGUCCAACGGAAGGAAAUGUAAAAUCAUUUGAGUGUAAAGAAUAAUGUCGGUAUUUAUUUCCACGGGUCACCUGUGAUAGAGAGCUCAUUUUUCCGGGGCUAUUUUAUACUUAGUUUUUAACAUCCAGAUGCUAAAGUAUACUCGAUUGUGGGCUGUUGAAAGUUCCUUAGUGUUCUUAGGCACCUGGCCUCCCCGUGAGUCCUUACCCCUGGACUUAGGUAUCUCUCGGAUGCGCUGCACAGAACACCUGGACAGGUAAUGAGGCUGGGAUUUCCUUUUCUAAGGCUAGUCCCUAGUACUAUUGUAUUGGGGAGUAUCUGAAGAAACAGGAAGCAAGUCGUGUUCUGGGAAAGAAAAUUGUUCUGCCUUCUGUUGAAUAAACCGUAUUUUCUUCUAAUCA